GUCGACGACAAAAGCUUAUGGAAGCCAUUAACGUUGAGUCCGGUAACCAUAAAUCCCGCGAUGAAUUCAUGCAGCGCGGUAUGAUAUCUCUAUCACAUGAUAUGCGUGACCAAGGCUAUUUAAGUACUGCAGAUCUGGACCGGCUUACACGCAUAGAAACUGCACUGAAGCAAAAAGAUUUAGAAGAUGAUGAAAGUGAGCUGUUUGCCGAAAUGCUGCCUCUAACCACAAUGGAGAACUUUAAGAAAUUUGACGACGAGCUCAAGAAACCAUGGAUUAAAAAAUGUUUGAACAAUCAUCUGAUCGGUAUUGGAGGCAAUGAACCAAAGACCAUAGUUCGGCUUAUCACGCGGCGCCUGCGCACUAAGGAUGUAGGAAAACUCUUCAGCUGGUAUGGGCAGAGAGGAAACGUAUGCCUAUCAAAUACGAACGUGGGAAAAUCUAUAAUAACGGCUGCAAAAAGGACCCAACCAAUGGUAACGGAGCAGGAUGCCAUCAAGAUGAUCCAGGCAUUGUUGCGUCAUUGCAAGGACAAAGAAAAAAAUAACGAAGUCAGGGGUGUAUAAUUUACCUUACAUACUUGUGUCUUUUAUUUAUUUUUUAUGUAUUUUUUGUCAGAAGAAGAAUUAUUUUAUGUUUGUGGUAUUUAACCGUUCCGAAUUUUUAUGUAUUUUUCGUCAGAAGAAGAAAUUUUUAUGGU